CGAUGCAGUAAACUUUCCUUAUUUCAAUAUUUCUGAUAUUUUUGACGACUUUGACGUUUUGCUUCUCGACGAUGACGUAAUUUUACUUAGAGAAUUUGCUUUUUACAAUAGUUUUUCAUUUUACUGUAGGUAACAUCAAAAAAUGGGUAUCAGCCAAAAAUCACAAACAAAAAUAAACACUUUUUGAGGUUGAAAUUUAUAAACAUAUCUGUCACCUGUCAAAAUUAUGAAUACAAAAUAAGGUAAUUCUCUAUGAAGGUGAUCGCAGAUUAGAAAAGUGUUGAAAUUUCGGAUGAGUAUAAAAAGUUGGGAACUACACCGGCAAUAUGGAACGCUAAACGAUUGAGGGUGAUAAAAUGAUAAAUAUUUAAAAUUUGCUGGCCAUUCUUUAACAAACACACGUAUUUUUGUGGUCUGUAUAUUAAUUAUUAAAGCGUAAAGAAUGUUUUUUCAUAGUGAUUUUAUUACUUGUGAAAUAAGGUGUUCAAAUUAAGUGAAAAUAUUAGAAACAGUCUACUAAAAUGUUAAUCUCUAUUGUAUUGGGGCUGCUAUCAUACCCUCCUAUCAUCAGUGCGUUACUAUUUUUGAACAACACAUUAAUAUUUCGCGUUAACUAUUCAACACCACAUUCAGGCAGUAUUGACAAUAACGUGGAAUAUAUUUAUGAAUUUUUUAAUGAAGGAUCUUCAGUUAAGAUUAAAGGUCCACCUCGGGUCACUGUGAUUACAAGUAAUGCAACUAUCGAAACGCCAUUAAUGGUUACAACGAGACAACCUAAGCAGUUGCUUUCUUGGAAGCUACCACUAUCUGUAGAGACUGUCAGAGGAGAAGAAUUUUAUAUGAAUACUUCUAGGACUUUAUGCUAUGAUAUUUUGAGGCAUACCAAAUUGAAUGGGUAUAAGGAGUUUGAGCAUGAAAAUCCAAUAGUGUCUCUGGCAACAUCUUCGAAUUCCAGCGUCGACUUUACAGUUACAGUAGAUUUUCCUAAAUAUUUCCAUUUAGAGCACAGUACGACAUACUCUAUUGAAAUAAGUCCCAGUGAACCACAGUAUUUCUUUUAUAAUUUUUCAUUACCUAAUAACCUGACUGAUGCACGCCAAUCAAAUUUCGAUACUGUUAUCCUAGAAGUACUUUCUACUGACAAUAUUUGUACUGUAGUUAGUAUUCAGAAUGUUAGUUGUCCAGUUUUUGAUUUAAAUCAAGAUAUAACGUUUAGAGGAUUCUAUGAGACAUUUACAACAAAAGGGGGAAUGACUAUACCGAAAUACAAAUUUCCAUAUGGGUUUUACAUAGUCUUUGUAGCCAAAGCUGAUGACUAUGCUUGUACCAGAGAUUACACUCCUUCAGUGCCCGGAGAUAGAGUCAAGAAGCUAGAUUUACUUAUAAAACCCAGUAUCACCUACAAUGAUUAUGUUUAUGCUGUAAUGAUAACUUUAAGUGCAGUGGGUGGAUUUUAUAUAAUUUUUGGUCUAUCAUUCUUCCUGUUUUCAAGAAGAUAUUAUGUUCCACGACAAAUGGAAUACGCUGUUGAUAAUGGUACUGCUACAGCUUCACUAAAUUCAAGUAACACAAAUUUGGACUCACAAUCCUUGGACGAAACUGACUACGAUCAUAUCCAUGAGAUUCAGACUGAUAGGGAAAUGAGAUUGUGCAGAAGUCAACCAUAUUUAACCGAUUUAGCUAGGAAACCACCAAGGGUUUUAGUAAAAAAGAGUUACUUGUAUUUAUACAACGUGUUAACUGUGGCCUUGUUCUAUGGCUUACCAGUCAUUCAGUUGGUAAUUACUUAUCAAAAAGUGCUGAACGAAACUGGAGAACAAGACCUUUGCUACUACAACUUUCUUUGUGCGCAUCCUUUAGGAUUUUUAAGUGAUUUCAAUCAUGUCUUUUCAAACAUUGGUUAUGUACUCUUGGGCAUUUUGUUUCUUAUUAUUACUUAUAAUAGGGAGUUGACUCACAAAGAUCAAGAUUUUGAUAGGCAUUAUGGUAUUCCUCAACAUUACGGCUUGUUUUAUGCCAUGGGUGUGGCAUUGAUAAUGGAAGGAGUGUUGAGCGGAAGCUAUCAUGUUUGUCCCAGUCAGACAAAUUUCCAAUUUGACACAAGUUUCAUGUACGUUAUGGCUGUCUUAUGUAUGAUAAAACUCUACCAAAAUAGACAUCCCGAUAUAAACGCAAACGCAUAUUCCACUUUUGGUGUCCUAGCUAUAGCAAUCGUUCUUGGUAUGAUUGGUAUUUUCGAAAAUACUGAAGAAUUUUGGAUAUUCUUUGUAAUAUUGCACAUUAUAACUUGUUUUUAUUUAACCAUUAAAAUUUAUUAUAUGGGAUGUUGGAAACUGAAUUAUGCUGCCAUGCAAAGAAUAGGUCACAUACUGAGGCACGAUUUUUGGUCAGGCCCGCUCAACAUCUUACAACCUUGUUAUAAAGCUCGUUUUGCUAUAUUACUAAUAGGUAAUUUAUUCAAUUGGGGUUUGGCAACCUACGCUCUGAUUUAUCAUCCCAAAAACUUUGCAGUUUUUCUACUUUUGAUUUUCAUGUCCAAUACAUUGUUGUAUUUCUUUUUUUAUAUUUUUAUGAAGUAUUUACACACCGAAAGGGUGAGGAUUCUAACUUGGCUCUUCCUGUUUGUAUCUACUGUUUGUGCAGUGACUGCCAUGUAUUUCUUUUUACAAAAGGCAAUAUCUUGGUCUAGAACUCCAGCUCAAUCACGCACAUAUAAUAUGGAAUGCAAAUUGCUCAGAUUCUACGAUUACCACGACAUUUGGCACUUUUUGAGCGCUAUCGGUAUGUUCUUUACUUUUAUGGUUUUGCUGACACUUGAUGAUGAUUUAUCUCAUACGCACCAUGCACAAAUACCUGUAUUUUAGGUUUUGAAUAUUUUUUUGAUUUUUCCAUAUGGAAAAUUUCUAUCUGGCCAUUUACAAACUGUAAUAGGUGUAUAUUUACUUAUUUGUUAUAGAAACUUAUAGAAUUUUUCAUAUACAUAUGACAAGUAGAUAAUAAUGCUGUGAUUUUUUCAUAAUAUGAGACUACAGAUAUAAAAUAUCCUUUAAAUUAUUCUGUAGUUUAGGUCCCUUUGUUAAGUACAAAAAAUUUGCUAAGACCAAAUAAAUGCUUUUUCCAAGUAUUAAUCAGUCACUAGGUUGAAAAUAUUUCUAUUGAUACAUAUUUAAAUUAUUGAUAAAUGAAAAACGUCCAUAUAUUUCUGGUAUUUUAGUCUAAGACUUGUGUUCUAACCAUAGUACUAGUACAUUAUUGCAGACGAACUUUGUACUAACAUUCAUCAAACAUUGAUGUUAUUUUAUUUUUGAGUUACCGACCUAACUAAUUAUUCUUAUAGGGGAUUAGUUGAAAGUAAAUUAACUAGUUAGGUUCACAUUUUGAGAAUUUAGCUAGGCUUAGUGUAUUAACACAUACCUUUAGGCAAAAUCUGCAAUUUACCAUUUAGAGAAAAAUUCAAAAUUUAAUUGUUUGGUUAACGAUUUAGAUGCUGAAUUUAUAUAAAUAGUUUAGUGUGUUAUAUGUAUGUAUAUAUGCGCAACUAGUUAAUUAUCGAGUUUGUUAUAGUUUUACCUAUUUUUCAAUAACCACUGAUUGAAAAAUUUGGUUCGUGAUAUAUUCUAUACCUAAAAAUAACAAGUGUCAAACAAUUUUUUGGAAAAUAAAAAUAUUUUACAAACUUUGGAUCUUUAUUUUGUUACAAAAAUAUAGAGUUAAUAAUACUUGACUGUUGUAGUCGAUAAACUAGGUACCUAUACAUAAUUAACAAAAACAGGAUGAUUUAACUAAAUUUCUAUUCUAAAACAGGGCAACUGAUAGUUUUUUCACAGUUAGGACAAUUUCCUGAAAUAGCGUUAAACACUAUUUUGGCAUUUGAGGCAACA